CUCGCGUGGCGCGCCCUUCGGGGGGUGCCAAAGUGUCUCGGUGGCUGGUCACGGCGCCACGAUUGAUCGUACGUCGUCCCUGAACCCGCGACGAAAAACACGCUCGCCUAGCAAGGUCGCUCAACAAGUUCCGGCCGUGUUUACGGCCGGUGUUCCGGCUCGUUCACGGCACUGCACGUUCAACGGGUAAAAACAACCCCCCCGUUACUGCGAGUUCGCACGCGCGACAGUCAAACGCGAAGCUGACGCGUGGUUAAUCGUCGCGUGUUCGACUUGUCAGCCUUUGCUAUCGGUGGAUGCACAGUUUGAACAUCGCGCGAAUUUUCAUCCUGGUGCGAAUCCCCUUGGUGUGGUGAGUGGUGGGUGGAUUCGUGUGGUUGGACAACCGUUUCGCGGCCGGGCAUGGAACCGCGGAGGUUCCGGAUACCGGAGGCUAGCUGACGGAUGCACGCGCGGGAGGGUAGGAGGGACUACGAGCCGGUGGAUGAAAGUGAAAACGAGUCGACCCGCGAUACGGGGGGAUGAGUCAAGGAUACGUUGCGUGGACAACGUCCAACUGGGCGAGUUUCAGGUCCUGGCCACCCUCUUUAGAAUUCCCCGUCGGUGGAGCAAGAAGCUCGUAAAAGACAAAGGGGGUUGGGUAGCACCAAGGGUGGAGAAGACGAAGCGUGAGGGAGAGAGCAGCGGAGGAAGGAAGGUAGAGAAGAAGGGACGAAGAGAAGCGAGUAAAGGAGAUAAGAAAGAUGGGAGAGAGCUCACCGGAUCUCAGCCUUCGGCUUCGCCGAGGCAGUUCAGACUCCAGGGAUUCCUUCUAUAUGGACUUUGCUCAGGGCAUCGACUCGGAUAUCGAGGAGGUGACGCGACCUGGGGACACCAACUCGGAUCCGAUGAUGGAGAACCACCUGGAAGAGAAUGGAACCGAGCUACCACCGAUCGAGGAUAUCACGACGAUCCCGGAGGAAGCUUCCGAGGAGUUGCGCGAAGAGGAGGAGGCUGCGGCUAUGGAAGCUGCCCUUCGAACACCCGAGGGUCCCAUAAUUAACACGGAAGCAGAGAAACCGGCGCAGCAACCCCAGCCCCAGCUCUCCACGCUCGCCCCGCAAGACUGGCCAGGAUUGCCGGCUGCGCUACCGUCACCGGCAUCACCGUCCGCGGUAAUCGUUUCACCGGAAACGCUGUCUAGACACAGCAGCAGCUCACCCUCCCGCGCUCACCGGCCACCCCAGUUUGCCCUGGCUCUACCAUGCUCCUCGCAGCCGAUUUCCGCGGUAUGCUACCCGGCACCUACCUUCCUCGACGUCGUCGAAGACCGGAAGUGGAAGAAACUUGGAUGCGACGCCUUGGCGACGACGUUCAGCGCCCUGUAUGGAAAGCUACUGGUCGUCAUGGGAAUCGCCUUUCCCAUGGCUGAAGUAAUAUCCACCUAUAUACCACCAUCGUUCUACGAAGGGUUCUACCUUUAUCUCUACUUCGGUAGCAUGAUCUUCCUCGUCUACACGUACACCACGUUGCUUCGCGACAACAAACCCAAGUCAAGAACGUCUGCCGCGUGUUGUUUUACGAAGAAACGAAAGGACGUGUGCGACCUGGACUCGUCGAGAUCGUCGAGCGGCGCCGGAGGCGACAGCGACGCGGCUGACACCACGUGUCCGCAUGUCUCCGCGAUCAGGCCGGCGCAACAUUAUGGAAGUUUCUAUCUACGAAUGGGCGCCGUGGCGUUUGGCAUCGGUUCGAUGAUUUAUUCCGGCUUGGAGUUCGGCCAAUAUUUUGAGCUCGAACGGAACACCAAGUGUCACAACAUCAUGCUUGCUCUUACGCCCGCCACUAGGAUGGCCUUUAUCUUCAUACAGAUGUACUUUAUAUUUCUGAACAACGAGCAGCAAAUGAAAGUUUAUCGUCAUCGGGUGGUUGCACGUUUUGGACUCAUGCACAUGAUUGGCACGAAUCUGUCUGUUUGGCUGAACGUCCUCAUCCAGGAAACGAAACACGAGAUACUGACGUUCUACAACCCGGAGAACAAUUCCUUGAGGAUCUCUCACAGAUUAGGCUCGAAAGGAAAUCUGAAUCUCGGCGGGCACAGUCAUUACCAUCACGGAGAGCAUCUUAGGCUACCAAGGGGUCUGAAGGGACCGCAUCACAUGUACGAGUGCCGACGAACGAACAUAAUGGGAUCGUUAGUCCAAGACGCUAGCCCGUUUCUCUUUCCCUGCACCAUAGAGUACAGUUUGAUCUGCGCCGCGAUAUUAUACGUGAUGUGGAAGAAUAUAUCAAAGGCAGGGUUCUCUCAGCCUAAAACCCCACCAGGAUCCCGGCAUCAUACGCAUGCUUACAGGAGAUCUCCUCACCACUACAGCGUAGACUGCGCCCGGGCCCACAAGGGCCUGUUCGUAGGUAUCCUGAUCCUGGUGCUGACAAUCAUCUCUCUGAUCCUCUUCUUCGUCUUGAUAUCUCGUCCAGAGUUGGUCAGCUUCGCGGUCACGGAGGUGAACAUCUGCGAGCUGACACUAUACGGGAUGUCGACGAUAGCCACCCUGAUAGGGAUGUUCCAGAUGCGUAAGCUCCGUUACGACGGCAGCAGGAACCUGGAAUUAGACAAUAUCCUUCUAGUCGCUGCUCAAACGGGCAUGUUUAUCUACUCAACGUUCACGAUCAUCGGUGCUCAGUUCACGCUAGCCAAGCAUACAGUUCUGGUGCUUGUCACGGCGUUGGCGAGCGUGUUGCAGACUACCUUUCAAACAAUCUUCAUCUUGGACGCGUCGAGACGGUCCGUAGCUACGGCGAAGCAGAUUAGAAGAAAACCUGGCAGAGAAAUCGUCACGUUUCUGUUGGUCACCAAUCUGGCUAUGUGGGCAAUCAACACACUGGAGAAGUCGCGAGCGGAAUCGCAUCCCGUGCAGCUACAUUUCUACGGGCUUUGGGCGUGGACGAUCAUCACGCACGUGUCGAUGCCGUUGGCAAUCUUCUACAGGUUCCACAGCACCGUUUGCUUAUGCGAGGUCUGGAAGAGAGCGUACAAGGUGAAACCUACCUACAUGUGACGCAAGGGGUCCCGUGAGCUCGUGUGCAAUACCGUGGCUCCUCAGCGGCCGAAAACCCUGCCCGCCAGGUUGGACGCCAUCACGGAGAACGAUCCGGCUUACUUCAUGUAAUCGUGGAGUCCUUGCGAAUAUCGCAAGAAGGAUCGGUCGAGUCUGCGUUCGCGAGGUUGUCCUAGCUGUUAUAGAUUAAAUGUCACGCGAAAACGAACGCUGCUCGACAGGUUGAUGGUCGUUGCCGUUUUCGUCCGUCGAGAAUGGUCACGGUUAGAGAUUAUCGUAAGCAUUCUUUGGAUCAACCUCGCGUUAAAUGGAUCCUGAUACGAGCCGAUAUGUAUAUAAUUCGUCCACGACGAGAUUCAGGAACGGACUGCGAUAGAACGCGCGCAUUCUCUUGGAGAAUUUAUUUAAAAAAAGGGGCAAAUGGCACAAUUAACGACGCACAAUUUUUAACGAGAUUAGAUGUAGAUGAUUAGUUCGGUUUAGAAUCGUCGAAGCAACGGCUGUUCCUUCGAUUAUCCCGGGAACAAUAACAGUUUUGUUCGAUACGUAAACGAUAAGACGAUUUUAUACCGAUCAAAAAAAUUGCGAAUGAGAGAGAGAGAGAGAGUGAAUGAAAGAGAGAGGUGUUUUUUCUUUGGUGGUAAUGUUCGUAAGACUGAAAUUUAAGCAUUCUUUAAGAGAACGGUUAAGCUGAUAGAAGAAGAACGAUUCCGUUUUUAACGCAAGUCGACCUGAAUCCCGCCACACCCACCAUCCUCUUCCCACUGAUCUGUCCUUCGAUGUUACUCGAAUACUCUCACGGACAUCCGUCUUCCACGUAGUACAAACUGCAACUUAAAAUAGCGCCUCUCGCGUCCAAGUAGAUAAUUCGAAGAAUCAAUGAUCGAGGGAAACAAAUUAACGCCUGAAAUUCCUAGGCGUCGACCGCCACCGCUAGAGCGUACAUUGUUAAAAUCUCGCUUCUCCGUGCACUAUCGAUCGUGCUAACGAUAGAGAUGAUAGACGAUAGAGUAAUCGACGAUAGUACGAAAACAAUUCGAGCAACUCGCGCGUUUAAGGAAGAUACACUAUAAAAGAGUCCGAACGUCCAUCGAAUGCUAGUCGUAGACGAGUGCGGUCUGUUUCUCUCGAUUUCACGUAGCAACUCGCGAACGAUCGAUGUUUCGAGGCGAUAUAUAAACGUAAGUAAGUAUUUCACACCGAAAUCGCGAGUUUUUCGAUGACGUGGCAAGUUAGACAGGCGUCGAAACUCGACGCAGAUAGAAAGAGAAGAUCAGUUUUAGCAAACGUUUCUGCGAACGUCGUUCAAGACUGUAGUAAAUGCAGAAACUUCAUCCUGUAGAUUCCCAUAGAUUCGAGAUCAUAGCACGCAGAGUUCCAUAAGAUACGUAAAGAAAAAAACGGGAUGGAAGGAUAACGUUCGAAGGAAGAAUAGAGUACAAUGGCGAAUCAUAUCAUUAAGCCUUAAUCCGUCGAGUGUGCUGUCCAAACUCUGCUAAUUAAACGGGAAGUACCAAAAGGGAUCAAGAUUGAUCGCAAUCGAACGUGAAAUCUCGAGAAUAAUUCGAAUAAUUCAAUUUUUGCUGCUCAACAAACAGUCGCUUUUGAAGGGUUGAAAGAGGGCCGAUCUAACAAGCAAAUCGUAUCGAUUGGUUUGCAAUACUAAUGUUCUGCGUGAGUGUGCGUUUGUUUCCUUGAGUGUUGUAUGUGUGCGUGUCCAUUUUGGGGAAGAAACCAAGCGAGAAUGGUGAAAAGAAAGACGUUUUUCGUAGGAAGAUUUUCUAGUUAAAUGCGUGUUUCGUGCUAGACGCUUUUUUCUUCGAGAAAUCGUCAAUAGUUGAUCCGAUUGAUUUGUUCUUUCUUUAUAAGAGAUGUAAAUUCGACUGUAAGGCGGCUGUAAAUAGAAGAGAAAAGAGAUGCGAAAGGUUAAGCGAAAAAAAAAAAAAUGGAUCC